GCGCUUUUCUCUUGAUGGAUCCGUCGAGCGGGGCGGGAGAGCGCGGUGUGGGGAGGGCGGGGCCUGCGUCUUGCUGGGCAAAGGGUGCGGGCGUAUCCCUGUUGGAUGGAGGGGGAAGGAACACCCCAAGAAGGCUGACAUUUCCUGGGUCGAGUUGGAACCCAGACGGCCUCACCUUGCUGGAAGUGGCAGCUGCUGCUGCAGUGGGAGGAGCCCUGGCAGUGGGGGCUGUGCCCAUGGUGCUCAGUGCCAUGGGCUUCACUGGGGCAGGAAUCGCUGCGUCCUCCAUAGCAGCCAAUAUGAUGUCCGCAGCAGCCAUGGCCAACGGGGGUGGGAUUUCUGCGGGGAGCCUGGUGGCUAUUCUGCAGUCAGUGGGUAAGUGUCCCGGACAGACCACCAGAACUGGGAAAAGACAGCCUGAGGCUGAGCCCAAGGGAGGCCUUCUCCUCUCCCUGCAGUUCUGUGACCUUCAGCUUCCUGGAUCUUCAGUCUCUCCCUCACUGUCCCCUCUUCUGGCUCCUUCUGAGUGAGGUUUGGGGUGGGAGUAGAGGGGUGAUGGGGUGCUGGGUAGGGAGAAGAGGAAGGGAACCCAGGCCAGAAGUGAUGCCUGUGCUCUUUCACCUGGGUGACCUGGGCAAGGUCCCCUGCCGUCUCUGGGCCUCAGUGGCCUCCUGUGUAAAGUGAACACCCUGUAGCUCUUGGGGUCUGUCUGUGGAUUACUUUCCGCCUCUCAGUUUCCGUGAAUUCACCCCUGACUUGUCUUUUAGCUGCCUCUAGCAGUCUCUACCCAAAGCAGGGCCCCGGGGUUUUCAGGACGUGAAGGGGGGAUCUGGGCGGGAUUUCCAGGUCACUGCCUGUACCCUGUCCUCAUUCAUUCUUUGUCUCCUCCCCAGGGGCAGCUGGACUCUCCACAUUAUCCAACGUCUUCCUGGUCAUUGGUGGGUCAGU